GUUGACAUGUCCGAUCUUGAGGUGUCAAUAAAUUCCAUGACACGAUCAAGUUGUCUCGAUGUCUUUUGUUUUUUGUGAGGUACAGCCCGAAGUCGCCAUUGUUUGGCUUUCUGAACAACUCAAUUAACACUAUCUUUACUGGUUUUGUUUGUUCAAGUCGUUUGUUAAUAAUUAAUUAGUGUUUGGAAGAAAAUGAUCGAGUUUACGGAGGACUGGCUCAUGCACAAGAGCAUCCUGGGCGAGGGGGCUUACGGAGAAGUCAAGCUGAUUGUUAACAAACACACCAACGAGAAAGUCGCUUGCAAGAUAAUCAACUACGGGAAGAAGGACGAUGUGCAGGUUAACAUCAACAAAGAAGUGAUCAUACACAAGAUGCUGAACCACGAGAACAUAAUCAAGUAUUUUGGGCGACGGAGGGAGCCUCUGAGGGAGUACAUCUACCUGGAGUACGCCUCCAGAGGCGAGCUCUUCCAGAUGAUUGAGCCUGACGUAGGCAUGCCGUCCUCCCUGGCCCAACUUUACAUGAAGCAGCUAUUGAACGGGUUACACUACUUGCACAACUUAGGGAUCGUGCACCGCGACAUCAAACCCGAAAAUCUCCUAAUAAACGACGACGGGGUGUUGAAAAUCAGUGAUUUUGGAAUGGCAACUUUGUUCAGGUGUAAGGGCAAAGAGCGGCUUUUGGACCGCCGCUGUGGCACGAAGCCUUACUGCGCCCCUGAAAUACUACUAAGGCCCUAUCGGGCCCAACCUGCCGACAUUUGGAGCUGUGGCAUCGUUUUAAUAGCAAUGUUGACCGGAGAAUUGCCUUGGAGCGACACAUUUAGCGAAGAAUUCGUCAAUUAUAAGAACGAUAAUUACAUCACAGUCACACCUUGGAGCAAACUGGGCAAUGCCACGCUCAGUCUGAUCCGAAAAAUCCUGGCAAUUGAGCCAAACAAGCGACUGACGAUUCAGGAAAUCCUGAAGCACCCCUGGAUGAAGUACAACUUUGACGACCAAAAAACCGAUGUCGUGGACGAUUCCAAUUUGAAUCCCGUUAAGCGUUUCAAUUCGAUGAUGGAGACUGAAACUCGCGUGCAUCGCACCAAUCCGAUUGUGAUAUUGUCUCAGCCGACUCCAGCCGUGCGUCCGCCGUCUAUAGACCAGCUGGUGACUGAUCUCAGGACAAACCGCGAACUUGUGUGCUUCUCGCAGCCCACUCAUAACGACGAUAUGCUUCUGAGCUCCCAAAUUCAAUUCAAUGAGACUCCACUCACCAAAGAUAACUUUAAUAAUCUAGUUAAGAGAAUGACGAGAUUUUAUGUUACCACUAAUUACGAGAAAACUUUGGAAGUUUUGUGCUCUGUUCUAGAUACUUUUCAUUAUAAUUGGCAGAUUGAUGGCAACGGAGCUGUCACGAUUUCAACUGUUGAUAUUAUGAAAAAUCAACUCAUGUUUAAGACGAACGUCAUCGAAAUACAGGGGAAAAUUCUAGUGGAUUUCCGCCUAUCAAAGGGCUGUGGUAUCGAAUUUAAAAAGAAGUUCAAAAAACUGAAAGAGUGCCUUGACGAUAUUGUUGAAAAAAAUGAAUAAUUCUAGUUCCUUGUUUUUGUAUUUUUAUAUUAAAUGAUUAAAAAAUAUUAUUCGAACGGACA